AUGUUCCGGGCAACCCGGUUGGAUAAAAGUCUCAGCUUGCGGGCCGCGGGAAGUGGCGCCACUAGUACCACCGCCUUACCCUCUUCGUUCCGACGAUCAAGAGCGAUCGCGGGACGGGGAAUACUUGCGGGAAGAACCGCGGGGGAGGGAAGAUCGACAACGGGUGUGCGGCGGCUUGAGGCUGCCAAGUCUGGGGAGAACAAGCCGUGGGAUUUUUUGAAGUCCGUGCUGACCCUUGGAGUGAAGAAGAAGAAGCCCCCCGAGGUUGAGGUUGCGAUCAUCGGGGCGGGAGUGGCGGGUCUGGUCUGCGCUCGUAUUCUCACGCGUGGGGGUUUUUCGGUUCGGUUGCUGGAAGCCUCCGAUGGCGUCGGGGGACGUGUCCGAACCGAUGAAGUGGAUGGAUUUUUGCUGGACAGGGGGUUCCAGGUGUUCAUCGAGGCGUACCCGGAGCCUACUCGACAGCUCAACUACAAGACCCUCAAACUGCAAAAGUUUGAUCCCGGCGCGAUCGUGCGUUACGACGGAGGGUUUCACCUCGUGUCCGACCCCAUUAGAAAACCCGGCGGGAAUGGUGGGUCGUGCUUUUGCCACUACGCGCUCGAGGAUUGCUUCAACAGGGCGAUUGUGGACGCGUUGGUGGCUCCCGUGGGCACGCUGGUUGACAAGAUUCGUGUCGGCCUUCACCGAAUAGCGAUCGUCUUCCAAAAGGACGAGGAAAUAUUUGGAGCUCCAGAGGAGACGACAUACGAUUUCCUGACCGGUACCCUAGGCCUCAGCAGCACCAUGGUAUCGAGGUUUUUCGCUCCGUUCUACCAGGGCAUCUUUCUUUCUCCCCUUGAGGAGCAGUCGUCCCUCCUCUUCAACUUCGUCUUCAAGAUGUUCUCGGUGGGGUCCGCCUCUCUGCCCGAGGGGGGCAUGGGAGAGGUGCCCAAGCAAAUAGCGGCCGAUUUGCCCGACGGGUGCCUGCUGCUGAACACGAAAGUGAUGUCCAUGGACAAGAUCGAGGAGGACGACAACGAUGACGACGAGGGGGGGGAGGACGCCCUUCUCCCCUACUCGGGGUCGUUCGACGGCUCCCCUAGGGUGAGGCUUACCCUCGAGGACGGCAGCGAGCUGCUGGCGCACGCGGCGGUGGUGGCCACCGAGGCCCCCGUCGCCGCGGAGUUGCUGGGGGAGGAGGCCGCUCUCGGCGGGGGAGCGUCGCCCAGCACGGGGAGGUCGAGCACGUGCCUGUACUACGCCAUCGACGGGCCUGCGCCGGUGGGUGGGCCGAUUUUGGUGCUGAAUGGGGAAGGAGCCAAGUCCAGCGGGCCAGUGAACAACGUAGUCUUCUUGGAGCAAACGGCGCCAUCUUACGCCCCGGCGGGAAAGUCGUUGGCGUCUGUAACCGUGGUCGGAAGCCCCGACUGCAGCGACGGCGAGCUCGAGGCGAAGGUGCGCGCUCACCUCGCGGAGUGGUUCGACAAGAACAAGGGGGGUGACGCGGGGGCGGGGGGCUUGCCGACGCGAGGGGCGGACGUGGCCAAGUGGAAACACCUCCGAACGUACCGCGUGCCGUACGCCCAGCCUGCGCAGCGACCACCCGUCAGGGAGGGUGGGUUCUACGGGAGGAAGGUCCAGGUGGACGACGCGAUAUUCGUGUGCGGUGAUCAUCGAGCGACGCCGACCCUCGACGGAGCGAUGAAGUCCGGGGUGCUUGCGGGCGAGGCGGUCACGACUGACCUCAUCGCGGGCGAGAGUCGCCCCAUCGUGCGCAAAGGGCAACCAUACCGGAGACGGAAGCAAGUCCGGGUGUAGGAGGGUCGCGUGUCGCAGCGCACCAGGGUGACUGACCUCUCGAAUGUUUUUUACGAGCGUGGCUCUCUGUUUGCUGUCGUGUCGCGCUCGCUCUGGAUGUCUCUACUCGGUUUGAUUUGAAACCUAGGUAAUGUUGCACCAUGCACAACUAGUACCUGCGUAGCUGUUUCGCUCGAUUCUUGGCAAGGCGGUUCAGAAUUUUCGUUGACUUUGGUCUUGGUCUGCUCGAGAUCGGAAUUGUUCUCUUUUGGAUUUUGGCUAGGGUUGGUCUAGACCUGUUCGGUGACUUUUUACCUCCGCUACCCGUGAUUUUGGGUUGUUUUCUCCACCGUCUCUUGUGUAAAAUAUAUGGUAAAUACUCCCAGGCGUUUUUGCCAGAACUGCUGUGAUAGCGGUCGGAAUCAUGGAGCGCAGGCUAUCACAGGCCAUGCCAUUGGGGGCUUUCGGGUUGUGGCUGGGUUCCGUGUAGCGGUAUGUUCGCCGUCUUUUGAGUCCCAGGCACGAGGGGGGGGAGGCUGGAGACCACAACAAAGUCCAUUCCCGAAUAAACGG